GAAAACGUGAAACUUCCAUCCUCAGUUGGAAAAUACACUUCAAGAAUGAUCCUCUUGAGCCACCAAACUUCUGUGUGACAUUUCGAGAAAGGACUGUCAGAUGUCAGUAACCAGGGACCCUGCUGCCAACAAGAUGGAAAUGGAGAAACCCUUGCAGCUGGUUUGUAACAAGGAUGGGAAGCUGCAACUUAACCCAGAGGCUCUGAAGGUCCUCCAGUCCAUUGAGGAUCCAAUGGUUGUUGUGGCUGUGAUUGGUGCUGCUCGUACAGGGAAGUCCUACCUCAUGAACUGUCUCGCGGGAGACAAGAAGGGGUUCUCAGUGAGUUCAACUGUCCAGUCUCACACCAAAGGAAUCUGGAUGUGGUGUCGAUCCCUCCCUCAGAGACCCAAUGAGGUCCUCCUGUUGUUGGACACCGAGGGUCUGGGAGAUCCUGAGAAGGGAGACAGCCACAAUGAUAAUUCCAUCUACUCACUGGCUAUCCUUCUGAGCAGCGUCUUCAUUUACAAUGGGCAAAAAAACAUAGACCAGAAAUCCCUGCAAGAUCUACAUUUUGUGACUGAACUGUCUAAGCGGAUCCUGAUGAAGUCCCAGACCGAUGGCUGUAACAGUUGGGACUAUGUCCGUUUCUUCCCUGAAUUUGUCUGGGUGAUCCGUGAUUUGACACUGGAAAUGAACAUCAAUGGAAAAGAUGUGACUCUGAAUGAGUACCUGGAGCACAGUCUGAAACUGAAGGACAGUGAGGUCAGUGAGCAGGACAAGAAAAAUAAUGAACUCCGCAGGUGUAUCCGUGAUAAUUUUCCCUCACGUCGCUGCUUUGCAUUUCCCACUCCCGCAUUCCGGAAGAAACUCAAGCAGCUCCAGGAAAUGGAGGAUAAGGAUCUGGAUGAGGAUUUUGUUACGGAGCGACAGAACCUCAUGGAUUACAUUCACACCCACAAGAAAGUCAAGAGAGUUGUUGGGGGUCAGCUGGUCACGGGCAGGAGAUUUGUUGAAUUGACCAAGGCAUAUGUUGGCAUGAUGGAGGAUGGGGUCCUACCGUGUGUGGAGAGCUGUGUCGCCAGAUUAGUGGAGGUGGAAAACCAAGCAGCAGUAGAUGAAGCCCUGAAAUUCUUUGAUACUGAAAUGAAAAAAUUUUCAGAAUCUGGCAGCCUUACUAUGAGCAAACUCAUAGAGAAUUACAAUGCGAGGAGCAUAGAGGCAUUCAAUAUCUUCCACAAAAGAUCUAUGAAUGACAACAGCGGCAAACACAUCCAACAGCUGGAGGAGACGAUGAAUUCCACUUACAAGUCUCUCAUGGCCAAGAUCAAGGAGAAGUCACAAGAGCAAUGCAAGGCUCUUCUAGCAAAAGAAAUGUCAUCAAUUAAAGAAAACCUGGCAUCUGGACAUUACCAGAGUCCUGGUGGUUUCCAAAAGCUAAAGGCAGAACUUGAUAAGGCCAUCGAGCAGUAUGAAGAAAAGACCAAGAACGAGAUGGAGGGGUGGGCUGUCCUCACCCACUUCCUGGAAGAGGAAAAACCUCGUCUAUACCAGGUACAGAAGAUGCACAGUGGGAUGAUGGAGGAACAAAUGUGUGUCUCUGCUUUUGAAGAGGAGCUCUCAAGGGUGAAUCAUGAGAAGGAGAAGAUGGAGCAGGAGAGGAAGGCUGCUGAGGAACAAAGGAUUAAGAAGAUCAUGGAGCAGAUCAGGGAAAGGUUUGAGGAGGGUAAAGAGUGCAGUAUGGAGGAGCUGAAGGAAGCCAUGGAGCAUGCAAGGAGUGAGAUGGAGAAAUACAAAGCUGAGGGCAGGAUGGAGCAUGCAGAAAGGGCUCAGCAGAUAUACGACUACCUGGGGAAGAAAUAUGAAGAGGCAUCAAAAUGGAGUUUCAUGAAAUUCAUAAGGGAGAGUGCUGCUGAGCUCAGACUGUGGUGGGAAAUCACAGGCUAG